AUGGAUACGAAUAUGUCGCUUAUUACAAAUCAGCUCUCAUCGUCGCCUACAAGAUUUCCCGAUUGCUGUUUGGCCCUUUCCAGCAGUUUCAUUACUUCUAUGGGUUCACUUCUUCCCAAGCAACCCGGCUUUACACUCUCAAUCGGCAGUGGAUCUGGACUACUCGAGUAUCUGAUUGCUCAAAACAAUGAACAUCUCUCUGUACAGGGCGUGGAGGUCAACUCAACUGUCAACCGCUACAUCUCAGAAGAAGACAUGCACGUGGUUGGCGGCGCGUGGGGUCUUUAUUCCUUUGCUCAGCAGGCAACAGCAUGGAUGUUUGUCUACCCACGGGAUCCAAAGCUGAUCACCAAGUACCUCGACACAUAUGGCAAUGAUGCUGUAGAGUUAAUCAUCUGGCUUGGACCUCGGGUUGAUUGGCCGGACUAUGAGCAGUGUUAUCGCCAGUCUUCAUUCUCGGAGCUGGAAUUCCCGGAGGUGGGAUUAACACCGUACGAGAUCGCGGUAGUUGCCAGAAGGUCAAACCCUUGA